AUGGUUCCACCAAAGAUUGGAAAGAAUAAUUGUAAAACAUCAAGACUUUUGUUGAGCUUACGUCAGGUCACCUUAGCUGAUAAUGUCAGAGGCGAUGAUGACCUUGGGAAAGGUACUGUUGGCUUGUAUCGACAUUGUGAGUCUGUGACUAUGUUCUUAUCUCUGCGAAAAUGUGUCUGGCUUCCUCUCUUAUAUGAUACACUUGAGCAGUCAAAUGCCAGAAAGGGAAAUUGUGAUAGAGUCGGAAGGGCAUGCAUCAACACUAUGAUCGGCUCUUGGUUCCCAAAAUUUCCAAGUAAAAGUGUAUUAUCUGCUGACUUCGUUGAAACUAACACUGAUGAGGAUGAAGAGAACCCAAAAUACACGAACUCCACAUCCUGUCGUGAUAACAAGAGUGUUUUCUCUUCUUUGUGUCCUACUGGUCGAAUCUCCUUCAAGCUCUACGAUUGGAACCCUGCAGAGUUUCCUCGGCGACUUCGGCAUCAAAUAUUUGAAUGGUUGACUAGCAUGCCCGUUGAAUUGGAAGGGUAUAUCCGUCCGGGUUGUACAAUUUUGACUGCUUUUGUUGCAAUGCCAAAGCUUAUGUGGGUUAAGUUAUUGGAGGAGUCUGCUGUACGUAUACAAGACCUUGUUGUCUCACCUGGAAACAUGUUAUCUGGAAGAGGCACGAUGCUUGUGUAUCUUAAUGACAUGAUAUUUCGUGUCUCAAAAGAUGGUGCUUCUGUAGUGAAAGUCAAGGUCAAGGGACAAGCUCCAAAGAUUCAUUAUAUUCAUCCAACAUGCUUUGAGGCUGGCAAGCCUUUAGAAUUCAUUGCCUGUGGAAGUAAUCUACUUCAACCAAAAUUUCGGUUUCUUGUAUCCUUUGCUGGCCGGUACCUGGCAUAUGAUAUUAGCGUUUCAUCGAUUUCUUGCGAGAAUGAAGGGAACAGCAACAGUUUAGACCAUCAAUUAUUAAAGAUACAUGUCCCUCAUACUGACCCUGAUAUUUUUGGCCCAGCAUUUAUUGAGGUGAGAACCAUCUUCUACCCGCUUCUUAUUUUCUUGUAGACUUGUACAAUGAAG